AUCGUGUGCUAGAAAUUGUGUUAACAAAAUGUUAAAGAAAUUUGUUUGCUUCUUUGUGCUGAUUAGUGUAAUCGGACUCAUCAGCGAAUGGCCAAGCGCCCAUGGAAAUGCUGUAUAUCCAAUAGGGUCUCCUGAAUAUUUCUCAAGAAAUUCGUUUGGCUCUGAUAAAGAUUCUUUAAAAGCUGCUGGAGAUUCAUUAGACUCUGCUGCGGAUUCAUUAAAUUCUACUGCAUAUUCAUUAUAUUCUGGUGGAGAUUCAUUAGACCCCGCCGUAGAUUCAUUAGACUCUGCUGCAGAUUCAUUAUACCUCGAUGGAGCUUCAUUAGACGCUGCUGAAUAUUCAUUAGACUCUGCUGACGAUGCUGUAGACUCUGCUGAAAAUGCAUUCGACUUUGCUGGAGAUCCAUUGGACGCUGCAAAAGACAUAUUAAAUUCUGGUGAAGAUACAACAACCGCUGCUGGAGUCUCAUUAGACCCUGCUGGAGACCCAUUCGACUCUGCUGAAGAUUCAUUAGACUCUAUCGAAUAUUCAUUAGACGCUGCUGGAGAUUCAUUAGACUCUGCUGACGAUGCUGUAGACUCUGCUGGAAAUACAUUAGACUCUGCUGGAGAUCCAUUGGACGCUGCAAAAGAUUCAUUAAACCGUGCUGGAGACCUAUUAAACUCUGCCGAAGAUUCAUUAGACGCUGCUGGAUACUCAUUAGACCCUGUUAGAGAUACAUUAUACCCUACCGAAGAUUCAUUAGAAGCUGCUGGAGAUUCAUUAGACCCUGAUGGAGCUUCAUUAGACUUUGAUGGAGAUUUAUUAGACUCAGCUGAAGAUUCAUUAGACUGUGCAAGAGAUUGUUCAGAUUCUGAUGAAGAUUCAUUAGAUUCUGAAGAAUAUCCAUUAGAUUCUGCUGGAGAUUCAUUAGACCCUGAUGGAGCUUCAUUAGACUUUGAUGGAGAUUUAUUAGACUCAGCUGAAGAUUCAUUAGACUGUGCAAGAGAUUGUUCAGAUUCUGAUGAAGAUUCAUUAGAUUCUGAAGAAUAUCCAUUAGAUUCUGCUGAAGAUUCAUUAGAUCCCGAUGAGGAUUCAUUAGACCCUGAUGGAGCUUCUUUAGACUUUGAUGGAGAUUUAUUAGAAUCUGCUGAAGAUUCAUUAGCCUGUGCAAGAGAUUGUUCAGAUUCUGAUGAAGAUUCAUUAGAUUCUGAAGAAUAUCCAUUAGACUCUGCUGAAGAUUCAUUAGAUCCCGAUGAAGAUUCAUUAGACCCUGAUGGAGCUUCAUUAGAUUUCGAUGGAGAUUUAUUAGACUCUGCUAGAAACUCAUUACACUCUGCUAGAGAUUCAUUGGAGUCUGCUGGAGAUGUAUUCGACUCUGAUGGAGAUUUAUUAGACUCUGCUAGAAAUUCAUUACACUUUGCUAAAGAUCCAUUAGACUCUACUGGACAUCCGUUAGACUCUGAUAGAGAUUUAUUAUACUCCGCUAGAAAUUCAUUACACUUUGCUACAGAUUCAUUAGACUCUGCUAGAAAUUCAUUACACUUUGCUAGAGAUUCAUUAUACUCUGCUGGAGAUUCAUUAGACUCUGAUGAAAAUUCAUUAGACCGUGAUGAAGGCUCAUCAGAUUUUGAUGGAGAUUUAUUAAACUCAGCUGAAGAUGCAGUGGACUCUGCUGGACAUCCAUUAGGCUCUGAUGGAGAUUUAUUAGACUCGGCUAGAAAUUCAUUCCACUUAGCUAGAGAUUCAUUAGACUAUGCAGGAGCUUCAUUUGGCGCUGAUGCAGAUUUAUUAGACUCUGCUACAGAUUCAUUAGACUCUGCUAGAGAUUCAUUAGACUCUCCUGGAGAUUCAUUAGAAUCUGAUAGAUAUUUAUUAGAUCCUGCUAGAAAUCCAUUCUACUUUGCUACAGAUUCAUUAGACUCUGCUGAAGAUUCAUUAUACUCUGUUAAAAAUUCUUUACGCUAUGCUAGAAAUUCAUUAGACUCUUAUUCAGAUUCAUGUGACUCUGAUUCAGAUUCAUGUGACUCUGAUUCAGAUUCAUGUGGCUCUGAUUCAGAUUCAUCUGACUCUGAUUCAGAUUCAUUUGCCUCUGAUUCGGAUUCAAUAGAUUCUUCCGAAUCACUCUCUCUUGAUGGCAGAUAUGAAAUGAAUUAAAACUUAGAGAAGACAAUUGUAAAUCAAAAUAUUGACUUUAAAUAUAAAUAUAAUAUUCUUACCAGAGUAA